AGUCGGCCGCCGCUCGCCGUCCCAGUGGUGUCCCGCCCCCGAGUCGGACGGUGCUGCAGGGUGCCGGAGACCUGACCCGACCCGACUACCGGUGACUGACAACAUCCACGUCCCCGCUGGUGCUCCGUAACUGAUCAUGUGGUGACGUGACCGUGAGACACAUUGGUGCCGCAGGGCGUCGUGCCCGGUGCUGUAAUCGGCCAACAGCUCUAACCAGAGCACAGCCCAUCUCCCCGAACAAUCGCCGUUUAACUGCGAAAGUCAAAAGUAGUGAGAGCUUUACACUUAUGUGGUGUUGAAACAGAUGCAUCCGCACGAAUACACCGUCGAUAUAGCGAUUACUGAUACCGCUAGUGCAGUUACAGUGGUUUAGCUUACACGAGGCUUCCCCAAUGACCGAAGGCACGCGCUUCAAUAGAGGCUCAUCGGGCAGCGCGGACCUGGCGAGCUGACUUCUCAGACCUCAGAGUGGCCAGCGGCGCCGGUGUGGGUCGCAUCAGCGGCCCGUAGGCCGUGCUGAGCUGGUGAUCAGCAGGUGGUCAGCAGCAGGUCAGCAGACGGUCAGCAGACGGUCAGCAGACGGUCAGCAGGCGCUGGACCAGUCCUCAGAGACGGCGGUAUGGGCAAGAAGAACUCCAAGCUGAAGCCGGAGACGGUGGAAACCCUGAUGACGAUGACCUACUUUUCGGAAAAAGAGAUCCGGCAAUGGCAUAAAGGCUUCUUGAAGGACUGUCCAGACGGCCUCCUUACAGAGCAGGGGUUCAUCAACAUAUACAAGCAGUUUUUCCCGCAGGGCGACCCGACCCGGUUCGCCACUCUCGUGUUCCGGGUGUUCGACGAAAACAAGGACGGCAGCAUCACGUUCGAGGAGUUUAUCCGAGCGUUAUCCAUCACGUCAAGAGGAAGUCUGGACGAAAAACUACACUGGGCGUUCCGGCUGUAUGACGUCGACAACGAUGGCUUCAUCACGCGCGCCGAGAUGUACAACAUCGUCGAGGCCAUCUGCCAGAUGGUGGGCCAGCCGAUAGACGGCGAGAAGAGCUCACAACGCGUGGACAAGAUCUUCGACUCGAUGGACAAGGACAACGACGAAAAGCUGACCCUGGAGGAGUUCAAGGAGGGCUCCAAGGCCGACCCUCGCAUCGUGCAGGCGCUCAGCAUCUGCGACUCCAACAACUGACAGUCGUCGGGCGGCGGGCGGCGCGAGUACCUCUGACCGCCCCCGCCGCCGCCCCCGCCCACCGAGCCGCCGCUGUGCCACCGGCCACGGGUGGUCUGUGGCCUCGGCUGAGGUCGGCCGGCUGACGUCUACUUUGCACUGAGGGCCGGUCUGUGGCCUCAGCUGAGGGCUGCCUGACGGCUCUGGUGGACUGAGGGCCGGUCUGGGGCCUCGCCUGAGGUCGGCCGGCUGACAGCUCUAGUGUGGACUGAAGGCCGGUCUGUGGCCUCAGCUGAGGAGGGCUGCCUGACGGCUCUGGUGUGGACUGAAGGCCGGUCUGUGGCCUCAGCUGAGGGCUGCCUGACGGCUCUGGUGUGGACUGAGGGGUCAGUCGGCGAAGCGGGAACGGUCAUGGACAGGGGCAAAUAUGCCAAAUGCCAGCGAGAUUCGAUCGGGUUGUGGCGCAAAGACAGUGACAUCGCUGAGGGCAAGUGGAAGAAUGUAGCCGAUAGCAGACUGUGAGCGGGCGGACAGCUCAGAGGGGUACUGAGCGGCGGGCGGACAGAUCAGCGGGACAGUGAGCGGAGAGGGGACAGCUGGGACAGUCAGCGGGAGGAGGACAGUGCACAGCGGUCUUGCAUCCUGUGACGGUGCCGAUGGUGAGAGGACAGUCAGCGUCCGGGUCGCCGGCCCCAGUCCGUCAGCAGUUUUCUGACUGUAUAGCAAAUUGCGACGGCGGGGAUUAGAGGCACGCGCCGAAAUCCAAUUCACGCGAGUGUUCGCGCCAAUGACAGACGAGUGUGUGUCUUAUCGCUACACUGGAGAUCAACAGCUGGGAGAGGAGCGCAAAGAGUGUGAGCUGAGGGCAGACGUGCCGUGUCUAGUAACCUGCGCCGUCAUCUGUUGGAGAGAGUGGGUGUCAGCCCGGCGCUGUCUUGAGUGUCCUGUUAGACGACGAGCAGUGAGAGCUACCGGCUUAAUCGAGUGACAUGCCUCCUGAGACCCCGUGACGAAAGGCGCAACCUGCGGGACGUGCCCAGCAGUGUGUUAAAACCUGUCCGGUAUCAUGACCUCAGUCAUGCUGUAACAAAUCUUCUUGCUAUUCCAUUCCGAUGUUGACGGGAAGUUUGCUGGCGGCGCUGUGUUCCCGCAUCUGUCUACGGUCGGUGAGCCACGCCGCUUCUCGUGGCCGUUAUGCAUGGCGGGUCAUUCUAUCCGAUACAGCAAUGUGGAUCAGUUUCGGUGUGGCGAUGAACGAACAUCGUGCCUCGGCGAUACGAGUAGACGAGGCACAUCGCUUACUUUUGCAGUUGGAGGAGUAGAAAUUUGGCAAUACGCCCUAUAUAUUAGAGCUAAAUGUAUUUGAACAUUUCAUAUGAUGAAUAAAAAUAUUGAAGAAUGAAGUAAAUGCA